AUUUACCGAUUUAGUAAAUAAAAAUAAUAAUGCAAUAAUUGUAAUACGUAUUACGAUAAAAAAUUCUACAGGUUGUAAAUUAAGUUAAACUAACCGCCUAUUUCAAUUUUCAAUCAGUGGCACCGAAUUCACUUAUUUUGUGAAGCGAAAUAAAAAAUUAUUCAAUCAUCUAGUAUGAUAUAAAAAUACUUACAAUUUUUGUUUUUUAAGAUUAUUUUAUUUGAACUUACUUAGAUUAUAAAAUUUAAAAAAUGUUAUUAUCAUACGAUAUUAUAAACGCAGGAUAAUAGUAAACCCAUUUAAGAAGUGAAGCGAACGCUUCACACGACUUAUAAGUUCGGUGCCACUGAUUUUUUUAAUAAUUUGACUUGAUGCUGAUGUUAUGUUGUGUUAUUAACAACAACAAAUACAAUGUCAAAUUUGUGUAGAGAUGAUUUUGAUUCGGGUCCUAAACAUGUAUUUUCUAUUGAAGAUGGCCUGUGGCUAGGAAACUUAACAGCAGCCAUUGAUUUAACAUUUUUACGAAGCAAUGGAAUAAACUAUAUAUUAACUGUGGAUUCUUGUCCAUUGCCAGAAAUUAUAUUAGAUUUGAGAGACAUUAAUGUUAAAUACAUACAAGUUACCGAUAUGGAUGGAGAAGAUCUUUUAAGCCAUUUUGAUAGCGCAUAUGAGUUCAUAAAAAAAGGCCAAGAAAAAGGCUCAGUUCUUGUGCAUUGCUACUACGGAAUAUCCAGAAGUGCAUCAAUUAUUACAGCUUAUAUUAUGAAGAAGUAUAAAAUUAGUUUUGAUGAUGCUUUUGAAAGAGUUAAAGUUAAAAAUACAGCUGCAUUACCAAAUAAUGGUUUUCAAGCCCAACUUAAUUUGUAUGAAACUUUAGGAUGGAAAAUUGACAAAAACAAUAUGCAAUUUAAACUGUUCAGACUGAAAAUAGCUGCUAGAAAAGUAAAAAAAGUUAAAAUUUUGCCUCAAGACUGUAUUGACGUAAUUAAGGGUGAUCCGUCUUUAAUAUGUGCUAGACCAGAUCCAAAAGUUUAUCGAUGUCGUAAAUGCCGAAGGAUUUUAGCUUUACAAUCAAAUGUAUUACCACAUUAUAUCAAUGAAAAAUUGUCAUGGAAAGAUUCAAAAUUGUCUUCAGAUUAUUCAGGCUUUCAACUAUGUUCCGACACUAUCUUUGUUGAACCAAUGACUUGGAUGUCAGUAAGCCAAUCUGAAAGUGGAAAGAUUAACUGUCCAAAAUGUCAAUCUAAACUUGGCUCAUAUAGUUGGACAAUGGGAUGUCAAUGUCAAUGUGGUGCCAAAGUAUCUCCAGCAUUUUAUUUUGUGCCAUCUAAAAUAGAUUACAGUGGAUUUUUGCAAAAUGUUCAAGCUACAGUUUAAAAGUCUAUUAUCUUAACAAUAAUAUUCUAAUAAAUGUCAGGUAUUAUUUCCUUAUUAAUAGAUAUUAAAGUAAUAAGGUUAUAUUAUUAUUGAUAGUUAAGACAAUGAACCCAAUAAAUACAUAACCAAAGACUCUUUUAUCGGUAAAAAUCCAAAAUUAGGUUAUUAGUAUAAUCUUUAAAGUACUUCCCGCAUUUAAACCUUUUGAGUAUUUAAAAUUUUAUAAUGUUAUACCAAUUAAUAAUUAUUUCUUUAUUAUAAAUACUAUGUUUAAAGACAUAUUAUAUUAGUUAAAAUAGUUUAGACUAGUUAGAUUUUAUCUAAGUCUGUAUGAAAUACUGCCAACAAAUUUAAACUGUUAUUUUAAUUAACCUCCAAGUGGCCAUGCUACAUAAACACCACAACUUUUGAUUAAACUAAGUAUUUUAGUUCAAGUAAUUAGCCGAAUAAGUCCCACUGUAAUUCAUAUUAUAGAUAUCUAUAAGUUACUUACAAUACCUAUCAAUUUAAAUAUAAUAACUAAGUCAAGAAUUAUAUUUGUAAUACCAUUAUAAAUUAUAAUUAAUAAAAUGUUUUGAUGAAUUUA